AUGUCUCCUAGAGUCUUCAUCACUGGCGCGACCGGCUAUGUCGGUGGCCAAACAGCUGUCACCCUCAUCGCUGCUCAUCCCGAGUACGAUGUCGUGGCACUAGUCCGAGACCAAGAGCAAGCGGAUAAGCUCAAGAGCCGCUUUCCGAACAUCAGCACCGUCAUCGGAACCCUCGAUGAUGAUGCAGUUCUGAAGGAGGAGGCUGCGAAGGCUGAUGUUGUGCUGCAAACCGCCAGCUCCGACCACGUUCCCGCAGUGAACUCCCUUCUCGCCGGUCUAGCAUCCGGCACUGGGAGAGGCAGAUACAUUCACAUCUCCGGAACGGGUGUUCUCAACGAUAUGUCUACUGGACCUGGAAACCCCACUUCAAAGAUCUACGACGACGUGAAAGAUAUUCAUGAGAUCAUCAACCUGCCUGCCGAGGCACUGCACCGAAAUGUUGAUGAUGCUGUUAUCACCGGUGGAAUGCGACUGAACAUUCCCACGGCGAUUGUAUGCCCGCCGACCAUCUAUGGUGUGGGUGAGGGACCGAUCAAGAAGCGGAGCAUGCAGGUUCCGUUCUUGACAGAGGCUAUUUUGAAUCGGGGAAAAGGAUUUACUGUUGGGAAGGGGGAGAACCUUUGGGAUUAUUGUCACGUCAGCGACGUAGCCAAAGCAUUCCUCGUCCUAACUGAAGAAGCACUGAAGCCCAACGGAGGCACAGCGACAUGGGGCCCAGAAGGAUACUAUUUUGCAGAGGCCGGCGAGUUCUCAUGGAAGGGCGUCAGCGAGAAGGUCACACAGAUUGCUCACGAAACUGGAAAGCUUGCUACUGCGGAUAUAGAGACUUUGGCCGUUGAAGACGCUAUCAAGUUCCAUCCAUGGGCGCCGGUUCUGUGGGGUGGAAACUGUCGCAGUCGGGCUAGUCGGCUGCGCGCUUUGGGCUGGAAGCCUGAAGGUCCCUCCCUUUGGGAGGCUAUCCCUAGUAUUGUGGAGUUUGAGAUUCGUGCCCUUGGACUGUGA